GCACCUCAGUCGCAACCCGUUGACCGCCGUGCCAGAGGGUCUUCCGAGCGCUCUGGAUGCCUUAUACCUCGACGGGUGUCUUAUAACGUCGCUCGAGCAGCUGCCGCCACGCAUCGGCUCCUUACACCUCGAGAGCAAUCGCCUCUCGGCGCUGAGUAGCGUGGACUUUGACGUUGAAAACCUGUACUUCGGCGAGCUACCCGCUGCAAGCACCGUCUGGAACGACAUUCCUGGCAACCCCAUCGACACCAUAUACAACGUCACCUUCUCGGCGCGGCUCCGGCUUUUCGACUGCCCGCACUGCGCCAUCACCACCUUUGUCGUGAACGAAGCCGCCUACGCAGCACUGCAAGCCGCCACCUUGUCGUUCAAAAGCGUCACGUUCAACGCAACAGCGUGCAACACCGUGCUCGGCCGACCUGCCGUCCUGGACACCUGGUCGAUCUGCGUCCUUCCCGCCCCCGAUGCAACCACGGACGGUCCAUCGACCGCUGUGCUCGUUCAGAUCGUCGCGGGGUGCCUCGUGCUAGUCAUGGCGGCGAUCUUGCUGUUCGUGUGGCGUCGGCGCCGCCAGCACCGGCACUCGUCGACAGUGGUGUUUGAGGUCUACGACGACGGUGACGUGACGCCCGUCACCUCCAUGUACGAGCCGCGCGAGACGCUCGACUCGUGCUCGCUCAUUAUACCGGAGCUCGACACGAUCAAGCAUCUGCGUCUCGAGGCCAGUGACAUCCUCCUCGUCGCGCCCAUGAGUCAAGGCUCUUACGGCGAAGUGUGGCUCGCCCAGUACAAACAAGAGACCAUCGCGAUCAAGAAACCCAUGCCGUCGUUUCUCUCGGCUACCAACAUGCGGCGCAUGAUCGGCGAAAUCUUGCUCCUCUCUCGCCUCGCAAGUCCCUAUGUUGUGACGCUCCUUGGCGCGUGCUGGAACCGACCCAUGGACCUUAUGAUGGCCAUGGAGCACAUGGACGGCGGCAACCUCCAAGGACACCUCGCGCGCCACAGCCAAAUUAGCUUGCCCUGGAGCUUCAAGCUCCAGAGCUUGGUGCAGAUUGCCGAGGCACUCGCCUACCUCCAUGCGAUACCAGUCGUGCACCGCGACCUCAAGUGCAAGAAUGUUCUUUUGGACGAAAAAAAGGGCACCAAGCUCGGCGGCUUUAGCAUCUCGCGCGAGACGAGUGCGACCAUGACCUUGGGCGCCGGUGGACACCGCUGGAUGGCGCCCGAAGUGCUGCACGCGGCCGACUAUUCGACAGCCGUCGACAUUUUUUCAUUUGGCAUGGUGCUCACCGAGUGUGAUUCGCACCGCGCCCCGUACGAUCGGGAGAUGGACCCGGACACGGGCAAGCUCCUCGCCGAGGUCGCGAUCGCGCGCCGGGUAGCGCUCGGCUUUAGCACCGAGCUCGCAACGAUCACGCACUACCUGCCGUGCAUUGGGAACCGAACCUCCGACCCGCGCUGUGACGUGCGAUCCAACGAGUGCGUGCUGUGCCCGCCAGGGUACCCAACGAGUUGCUGUCUCACGAUUCAAGGCAAGUCGGACACCAAUAUGGACGGCGAGUUUACCUCCCAUUAUGGCAUGGAGGCCGAGGGUGGCCACGCGAUGCUCCUCGUUGGCUACAAUGACGAGUAUACAACCAAGGACGGCUACACGGGCGGCUACAUCCUCAAGAAUUCGUGGUGGGACGGUGUCGCGCGGCCGUUAGGACCUCCAAGUGCACACGGCAGCCACAGCAUCCGCUACUUCAUGCAGGAAAUCUCCGAGUUUGAAGAGCGCUUCAACUGCCCCAACAGCGCCAACCCGGCCAACUGGUACCAGUGCCAAGGCCGCGUCGGCGUCAUCCACGCCGAUGCAGGUGUCAUCCGCGCACCGAUCAAUGCGUCGCUUGUCGCGUACGACGAGUGCUUGAGCGACGACACGCGCCGUGACGCGGCCUCGUCCUUCUCGCCGCUUCGUUUGAGUUGCACGAACGACGCUUUCUGCAAGGCGAACGCGACCUACUUUGUGCGCAACAGCACGGCGGUCGGCGACGGCUUCCAGACGUUCUGCUUCUUCGAGUACCUUGGCGACAGCAACUCGAGCGACGUGUGCUUGCCGGCGAUGCUGCCGACGGACAUCGCGCACGCAUUUGCGCCGGUUGAAGCGGAGGCGUAUGCCAACAACCCGGACGUCUGCGGCUUUUACUUUUACCCGUACGCCAAGCAGCGCGCGGGUGCGGCCCUCGGCUGGGAAGUGAGCGCCGACGACCUCGACGUGACGUGGGCGCCGCAGUCAUACGCGGCCAACGCGCACAAGUUCCCUACCCUCGACUACACACUUGUGCGGCAGUCGACCAAGGUGCAGAAGGCGGCGCCGGUGCUGGGCCCGAUUCCCGUCUACGUCGCACGUGACGAACUCUAA